GAAGGCAUUCAAAGUCCAUUCUUAGUUUCAUAAAUCAUUGCAAUGAGAGAAGUGAAUUUUGUAAAGCAUUAACAUUGAGGAAGAUUACUGUAAAGGUUAAAAAAGAACAAAUGAUUCCUUCAGGUUUGCGACAUCAUGAAACGAGAGGAAAAAUAAGCCCUCCAGUCAAAGCAGUGCUAGCUUUUUUUUUUUUUUUUUUUAUCAUAAUGGUAUAUAUCUUGCUCUCUAUAAUUUGGAGUAAGGAUGUCUUUUAUGCUUGACGUUGACUCGUGAACCUCUUAAUAUCUAUCGAAUAUGCAUAGCUGAUCUCAUUAUACUAAGAAGGCCUCCACGAGCAUUGCUUUACGGACUAGAGCUAAUAGCAAAGGGAAGAACAGUAUCUAAAUAAAAGCUUAAAUAAAUACAUAUCCGGAAACAAACCGAAAGAAUGAAAUCUGAAUUCCCGCAACAAUACCCUGUUGGGCUGAAGGACUCCACAAAGAAACGAGUUUUAUCCAUUGGAACUCCUAGAUUUGCCUUGGGUUUACUCGAGAAAUUAAAAGAAAAAUAUAUCUUUGAUUUCAUUGUGCCGGACCAGCAUAGUCGAGACGAAACGAUUAGAAAAAUUCACAAGGCCGCAGAAAGAAAUACUUAUGAUGCAUGUUUCUGGGUCUUUGAAAAUGCUCCUAUUUCCCCUUUUACUAAGGAAAUGUUAGGUCCAUUAAUUCCCAGUUGUCGUCUCUUCAUCACGGGAGCUGCUGGAUAUGACGAUUUAGACAUUGAAUGGAUGGCAGCCAAUGGUGCCUAUGCUGCUAAUGCGCAAAAUGCUUCUACAGAAGGUACGGCCAUAAUGAAUCUCUUCUUGCUUCUCUCUGUUCUUCGUGGAUCGAGAGAAGCAGAGCAAACCAUGCGUUCUGGCAAUUGGCACGGAAACUUGCCAUUAAUGGAAGAUCCUUCAGGUAAAUUAGUAGGCAUUAUCGGGAUGGGUGCCAUUGGAAAAUCGUUUGCCCAAAAGGUUAUUUUUCUGGGUGGCAGAGUCAUAUAUUACAACAGAACUCGUCUUCCUAAAGAAGAAGAGGCUUCCUUAAACGUUAAAUACGUGAAUAUUGAUGAAUUACUCGCUACAAGCGACGUGAUUAGUAUUAAUUGUCCACUUACGCCGUCUACAAAAAAUCUACUUUCUAAGAAAGAAUUUCAGAAAAUGAAAGAUGGCGUUUACAUUCUUAAUACUGCUCGCGGAAGUAUCAUUGAUGAAGAGCCUUUCAUUGAAGCUAUACAGUCUGGAAAAGUAUACCGAGCUGGUUUAGACGUUUUUAUAAAUGAACCAAAUACCAAUCCAUUCUGGUUAACAUGCGACAAAGUUACCGUUCAGCCUCAUUGGGGCGGUUUUACUACGUCUACUGCUGCCAAGGUCGAAGAAGCCAUCUUGAAAAACAUUGAUACUUUCUUUGAAACAGGCAGACCCCUGAACCCUGUCAAUAACCCAGCCAUCUAAGUCUGAAUGGGAACACUACCUUCUUUCAAAUCCCCUUUGUUGGUACACAUACUGAAUGAUUUAUGAAUCCCUAUAUUUUUUUACGACCAAAAAUAUAUUUGUAAUGAAUUACCAUUGUCUAUCAUUGGUUUAAUAAAAUUUUAGGUAUCCAGAUAAGUAAUUUAAUGGAUGAGGAAUUCAAUAGACCUUCACUCAGCAGCAGCUACCUUUUGUAAGAAACCCGACGAGGAAUUCUUCCUUU